AUGGAAAUGGAGGAAGCCGGAGCAGGCUCCUGGGUGAAUCCUUACAAGGAAUUCGAUAAGCUGAGCCGUAAAGUCAUGGCGCUUUUACCCACAAUAGCGAUCAAAUGCGACAAUGAGUUGUCCAAGACCAUACGGACUGACGACCCAAAAAGGGAAUCAAUAAUGGCAGUUGUUUCGGAGCAAAGCGCAUUAGUGAAAGAGGUGGUGCGCAUUACAUUGAGAGAAAUAUGGGAUAAGUGCUGUUCAAAGUCAAGUGACGAAGUGAUAGAACUUUUAGAAUCCGCAGGAAUUUGCGAUGCGGAGCGCCUCAAAAAUCAUUUGACAGAAUGCGAAGAGAUGAAGUCUGCAUUGGACAAAUUGUCGCAAAAAUUAGAGUGCCCAUUGAGCCAAAUAAGUCGUAAAGCUGACGAAGCGCUUAUGACUACGGCCAGUCUCAGUAAAAAGAGUUCCGAAAUGAAGGAAGAACUAAAUAGAGAAGGAUUGCAGGUCGAGGAGCUGCGCCAGCGAAUGGAAAAGGGGAGAAAUCAAGUCGUAAACCCAGGCGAUGAUCAAGAUGAUAUUGAUAAUGAUUCCAAUAGUCACAUGGUACAGAGAGGUGUUAGAUUAGACUGUCUAUUACAGGACUCGCAGCAGGCGACCUCGAUGCAAUCGACCCAGAGAUCCUUAAGGCAUACGCAGAACGUGGAAUCAAAGAGCGAACUCAGAAUUCGAGGAUCAUCGGGCACA